AUGCCUUCCUUUGGAGACCCCCGAGCUCUCGAAACGUCAGACUCCCGAGACCGCAAGCGCAAGACUCCUGCUGACGAAACUCCCAGACCGGAGGAGCCAAAUGCUACGACACCCAGGAAGCCGCCGGUGACUUUGCCCUCCAGGGCGGAUGCCCCGAACGGCAAGUUGCCUACGCUGCCCGGAGUAGGUCCAAGGGUGCCUGGAACAGCCCCUAUGAUACCUACAAUUCCCAAGCCUCCAAGCCAAAUUCCGGCAUCCCUCGACCUCGACCAGGCCCGGGCACUACCCGGGGAUCCUCUUGUGGCGCGGAGCUUCGAUUGCCAGAGACAUGUUCGCCCGCCACUCUUUCCCGACGCCCCAGAGAUGCUGCCAUUCCCGGAGGAGCUGGGGGAGCUGGUGGCCUGGACGGACGCCUUUGUCGAGCGCCUUGGAUGGAUGGCGCUACAGGCGCACCAGCAGGACGUGCAGACAGAGACGCGCCGCGCUAAUGAUGCCGAAGCCCGCGAGGCAGAGCUGACGAGCGAGUUGAACGACCUGACUGCGUCCAAGACAGGCCUGGAGCACUCCAAAGAGGAGCUGGCAAGGCAGCUUGUAGCAUGGCAGACGGCCUACGACCAGAUUUUGCAAUUGCUGGACGGUAAUGACCAGGUCAUCCAGCAGCAGCGCGCAGAGCUGGCCGAGCUCUUGGCCGGGAGCGCCCAGGAGGACCCCCGUAUCGCGCAGCUGCAGGCAGUUGUUGCAGAGUUGAAGGGCACUGUUGCCUCGACCACUGCCGCGCGCGACGACGCUCUCGCGCAGCUGGGCGCUGCAUUAUCCGCGUAUGCCUCCCUACAGACGCAGGCAGGCAGUACUCAAACGGAACUGCAGCAGGCCCGUACAGCGCUGCAAGAUGCAGAGGCCAAAUUCCGCCAGGCUCAAAGCGACGUUGCGGUCCAGCAGGCCCGCGCAGACCGACUAGACCGUAGCCUCACAGCACGCAGUGACGAGACCCGCAAGCUGCAGCAGCAGAUCGAUGCCGCUGUAGCGAGUGAACGCGUGGCCCGCGUGGCUGCCGACGUCGCCGCCAGCCACGCCCGCCAGCAUUGGGACACCCUGGAGCGUAUCCGCGCUGACGGCGGCUGGCUGCGCCCGCCCAACGCCCACGACUCCUGUGAGGACCUCCCGGCAGCCCCUGUGGUUCCAACUAUGGGUGCGGUCGCGAGCCCGCUUCCACCCUCCUCUGGGCUGCCGGCCCCGCCUACGGGCCCGCUGCCGCUGCCGCUGCCGCGCCCGGGCAUUCCCUCGAUUCCUUCUUUCGCACCGGCUCCAGCUCUUGGUCCUCCGUCAACUCGACCUUCCCAAGUACCAUCAUCUCAUGCUGUCGCAGCACCAGACGUGUCUCGAGCUGCUCCAGUGGCUCCCAAGCUUCCUCCUGUUCCUUCGGCUCCACCUGUUGCUUCGGUUCCUAAGCUUCCUGCUGCUCCAGUUCCCAAGCUUCCUGUUGCCCCAUCGGCCCCAAAACUGCCUACUACUGCUCCCCUCACACCCCCUAGCGCUGCAGCCCUGUCUCCUACUCCGGAUACAGCUCCAGUUCCGGCUCCAGCUCCCGCUGCCAGCUCAAACCCGGUUCCUGCUUCUGUCCCAGCUACCCUCCCAACCACUGCCCUUAACCCAGUGCCCGAUCUUCCCCAGGCUCCAUCAAGUGAGCCCAUGUCCACUUCGGACACUCCCACUUCUGUCCAGACCCCUCGAACCAGCUCCCCUGCAGCCAAUCCUUCCCCUGGGCCUACUUCCCCGCAGGCGUCCUCUCCCAACCAGUCCCCUACUCGUCUUCCCCAGUCAUUGCCCACACCGGAUUCCCCGACAAGCUUCUCUCCUGCUCCUGGUAAGCCCUCUGGGCAAGGUCCCUCUGAGUUUUUCGACGGUGUUGGGGCUCCUCGGGGGGCCCGUGGUCCGCCGGGUCAUCCUAGCCAUCAUGGUCCUCCAGGCCCUCCAGGUCCUCGUGGGCCCCACGGCCCUCCGGGCCCUCCUGAUGACUGUGGCCCUCCCGGCUUCCAUGAGCCAGGACGGCAUGGACCAGGACCCCACGGGCCCCACGGGCCUCCGGGACCUCCUGACUUUGACAAACCAAGACCGCAUGGCCCCCCGGGACGUCGUGGCCCGGGUUAA